AUGCCGAACGAUGGAGCCGGGCCGUCAAGCGCCCCCAAGGCGGAGGACAAGAAGCCAAAGACUGACUUUUCGACCGCGAUCAUGGACAAGAAAAAGGCUCCCAACCGCCUGCUCGUCGAUGACGCCACUAACGAUGACAACAGCGUCGUCGCGCUUUCGCCAGCCAAAAUGGAGGAACUGGGUCUCUUCCGCGGGGACACAGUGCUGCUGAAGGGGAAGAAGCGCAAGGACACUGUUUGCAUUGUACUUGCAGAUGAUGAUUGUGACGACGUCAAGAUUCGCUGCAACCGUGUAGUGAGGAACAAUCUGCGUGUGAGACUGGGAGAUGUGAUUUCAGUUUCUGCUUGCCCGUCGAUUCAGUACGGCAAAAGAAUUCAUGUCCUACCGUUUUCUGAGGAUCUAGAAGGGCUCGCAGCAGACUCUGAUUUGUUUGGAGUAUAUCUGCGACCGUACUUUUUGGAGGCUUAUCGCCCGGUGCGGAAAGGAGAUACCUUCGUGAUUCGAGCUGCUAUGCGCGCGGUGGAGUUUAAGGUUGUGGAGACGGAUCCUGAAGAGUUUUGUAUUGUGGCUCCGGACACUGUGAUCCACUGUGAGGGUGAGCCGCUCAUCCGGGAGGAUGAGGAGAAGGCCGACGAUGUCGGGUACGAUGACAUUGGGGGGUGCCGGAAGCAGCUCGCACAGAUCCGUGAGCUUGUGGAGCUUCCGUUGCGUCAUCCGCAGUUGUUCAAAAGCGUGGGCGUGAAGCCGCCGCGUGGAGUGCUGAUGUAUGGGCCGCCAGGUUCAGGAAAGACGCUAAUUGCUCGUGCGGUGGCGAAUGAGACAGGCGCAUUUUUCUUCUUGAUCAACGGGCCGGAGAUCAUGUCGAAGCUUGCUGGUGAGUCCGAGUCGAACCUCCGCAAGGCGUUUGAGGAGGCGGAAAAGAACUCGCCUGCCAUUAUCUUUAUUGAUGAGAUCGAUUCAAUUGCGCCGAAGCGUGAGAAGACGAAUGGAGAGGUAGAGCGGCGUAUUGUGUCGCAGCUGCUGACGCUGAUGGAUGGGUUGAAGUCUCGCGCGCAUGUAGUCGUCAUUGCGGCAACGAACCGGCCGAAUUCGAUCGACCCUGCUCUUCGUCGCUUUGGUCGGUUCGACCGGGAAUUGGACAUUGGAGUACCGGACGAGACUGGUCGGCUUGAGAUCUUGAGGAUUCACACGAAGAACAUGAAACUGGACGAUAGCGUGGAUCUUGAAUCAAUUGCGUCUGAGACUCACGGGUUUGUUGGAGCUGAUUUGGCGCAGCUUUGCACGGAGGCGGCGCUGCAGUGCAUCCGCGAGAAGAUGGAUGUGAUCGAUCUUGAUGACGAUACGAUUGAGGCUGAGGUGUUGGACUCCUUGGCUGUGACACAGGCUCACUUCAAGUUUGCUUUGGGAACGUCGAACCCGAGUGCCCUUCGGGAGACGGCUGUGGAAGUGCCGAAUGUGACGUGGGACGAUAUCGGUGGACUGACGAAGGUGAAGCAGGAAUUGCAGGAGACUGUCCAGUACCCUGUGGAGCAUCCGGAGAUGUUCGAGAAAUACGGGAUGUCACCGUCCAAGGGAGUGCUGUUCUAUGGGCCGCCGGGAAGUGGAAAGACGCUGCUCGCGAAGGCGAUUGCAAACGAGUGCCAGGCGAACUUCAUCAGUGUCAAGGGGCCGGAGCUGUUGACGAUGUGGUUCGGAGAAUCUGAAUCGAAUGUACGAGAGCUAUUUGACAAGGCACGCCAGUCUGCGCCGUGUGUUUUGUUCUUCGACGAACUGGACUCGAUUGCGCGCGCUCGCGGGUCAUCUGCCGGUGACGCAGGAGGAGCUGGUGACCGUGUGAUCAACCAGAUUCUGACCGAGAUUGACGGAGUUGGGGUGAAGAAGAAUGUGUUCGUCAUUGGAGCGACGAACAGGCCUGACAUUUUGGACCCUGCCAUCAUGCGACCUGGGCGUCUUGACCAACUGGUGUACAUUCCGUUGCCGGAUGAGGAGUCACGCGUGCAGAUCUUCAAGGCUGCGCUGAAGAAGUCUCCGAUUGCCGAGGAUGUAUCCUUGACAGAGUUGGCGAAGGCACUUGAAGGAUACUCCGGAGCAGAUAUCACUGAAAUUUGCCAGCGGGCGUGCAAGUUUGCUAUUCGUGAGGCCAUUGCGAAGGAGCAAGAGGCCGAGAAGCGUCGCCUGGAGAACCCGGAAGCAAUGGACGAAGAGGAGGAGGACCCUGUUCCGUACAUCACACGUGUCCACUUUGAAGAAGCAAUGCAGUAUGCGCGACGGUCUGUGACGGAUGCUGACGUGCGUAAGUACGAGAUGUUUGCGCAGAAGCUGCAGACUACGCGUGGCUUUGGAAACGAGUUCAAGUUCGGCGACUCUGCCGCGGCAGGUGGUCCGGCUGGAGGUGGACCGGCUGGCGGAGAUGCAGGAUUGGCCGAUGCGGAUGGUGAUGAGGACUUGUAUUCCUGAUUUUUCUCUCCCACUACCGCCGUUGUAAUAUGCUGGAGCACGUCUCUCAUCUACUUGAGAUUUCAUGUAAAGAGACAUUGAUUGAUUGUCUGCAAGAGUGAAUGUAGUUAUAGUCUUCGAGCGCAUAGGGGGAAGACAUGUCUCUGCCGUCUGUGCAGUGAAUGCGGUAAAUAACAUUGUCACAUGCUCAGCUUCUAGAAUGUGGGAGCACAGAGCGAGGAAGUGAGCAGAAUCAAGCUUCCGCCUGGAGUAAUGAAUGCGCUUGUCAGUGAAGUGCCUUUUCACGCACCAUUCCGACGCAGUUCUGGCAAGAGUCGAACAUCGCCGUGUUUGCCUUCAUCACGUUCGCACCUCUAUUGGCAGAGCUCUGAAGUUUCUUUGUGAGAUGAAAGCCUGUGGUGUCAUGGUAGCGUUGGAGAAGACGAGACGAAUCUCCACUUCGCCUGAAUGUCCGGGAAUCGUGGUACUGUAAGCCCCUGGGGUAUCGCCAAGUUUGAACCUUCGCAAUGGUGAGCAUUGCGUUGGGUUGACUUAGGCUGAUUCACUGAACUCUACAAUACAUGUAACUUUAGUGUGUGGGAGCGCGUAGAAAUGAGAGUAUCUCUCAUAAUGAUAACUUAAGAUCAACUGCAGAAGCGAACACAAAAAAUAAACCGGACUUUUG